AUGUCGUCGACACGCCACUCUCAAGAUCGAGUCGACUUCAAAGAGAUGGACAGCACGAAGCAUGUCGAAGUCACUGAGGAUUUCACAUGGACGAAGGAUGAGGAGGCCAAGUUGGUCCGCAAGAUCGACCUAUUCCUGCUUCCCACAAUUUGGCUGAUGUAUCUGCUAUCGUACAUGGAUCGCACGAACAUUGGAAAUGCGAAAAUCGCCGGUAUGGCUGAUGACCUUUCCCUCAGCUCCGAGCAAUACUCCAUCGCAUUGGUUGUAUUCUUCGUUACCUACGUCGUCUUCGAGCCGCCAUCCAACAUGCUGUUGGUCCGCCUCAAGCCUUCCGUCUACCUGCCUGCCAUCAUGAUCAUCUGGGGAGCAUUGACAUGCUGCAUGGCCGUCAUCCACGAUUUCAAGCACCUUGUCGCACUCCGAAUCCUCGUUGGUGUUUUCGAAGCCGGUUUCGCCCCGGGUAUCCUCCUCAUUAUCUCGUCCUGGUACAAGAAAGAUGAGCAGUCGAAGCGCUUCGGUGUAUACAUGUCUGCGGCUAUUCUCAGUGGCGCAUUUGGCGGUCUUCUUGCAGGUGCCAUCACUGGCGGUAUGGAGGGUACUGGUGGUCUUCGUGGAUGGCGAUGGCUUUUCAUCAUCGAGGGAGCUGCGACUAUUGUCUGGGCUAUUUGCGCAUACUUCAUCCUGCUGGAUUUCCCCGCCAACACCAAGCGACUCACCGACCGCGAGCGCUCUAUCGCUAUCGCACGCCUCAAGGAGGGCGGUGUCCAAACACAUACCGAAGGCGAUGAGAGAAUGGGCAAGGGUAAGUCCUUCCGCCUGGCUAUCUGCGACUGGAGGACUAUCUCCUUCAUCCUUGGUUACAUGGUCAUUGUCGGCUCCUCCACCCUCUCGUACUUCUACCCAACCCUCAUGACCGGUCUCGGAUACACCGACACAGUCACCGCUCAAUACAUGACCGUCCCCAUCUACGCCGUCGCCUUCGUCUGCACAGCAGUCACAACCUACUACGCCGAUGCCAUCUCCAACCACCGUGGUCUCGUCAUCGCAGGCUGGCUCGGUUUCGCACUCAUAACUUCGAUCUGCGUACUGUUCGUUUACGAGUUCAAGGCACGAUACGCGCUGCUUGUACUCAUGGCCGCUGGACUCUGGUCUUCCAACGCCGUUUCGCUAUCUUUCGCUAGUGCGACUUUCGGAUCCAUGCAGCCGGAAGUUAGGGCCAUUGCGAUUGCGCUUGUCAACGCGAUGGGUAACCUUGCGCAGAUCUACGGCGCAUAUCUCUUCCCUGCUGACGAUAAGCCAAAGUACCUCAUGGGCUUCGGCGUCAUUUCUGGUAUGCUGGGACUUGGUAUCGCAGUAUACAUCUCCCUUCACAUUGCUCUGAGGAGGAAGGAGGGAAUCACAGCAUUCUUUUGA